GAAUUACAUUUUAAAUGUGAGUGCGCGCGCCUGCUCCACAAAAAAGAGCCGGAGGAAGUGAUAACAACCCGCUCCCUCCAGACUGCAGCUCCUCUGUGUUCAGCGGCGCACGGAUCAACGGCACAAUGUCUGAAGAAAAGCCAAAGGAAGGUGUGAAGACGGAGAAUGACCACAUCAACCUGAAGGUGGCCGGUCAGGACGGAUCAGUCGUACAGUUUAAAAUCAAAAGGCACACUCCGCUCAGUAAACUCAUGAAGGCGUACUGUGAACGGCAGGGUUUGUCUAUUCGUCAGAUUCGGUUUAGAUUUGAUGGACAGCCAAUCAACGAGACAGACACACCUGCACAGUUGGAAAUGGAGGAUGAAGACACAAUUGACGUAUUUCAGCAACAGACUGGAGGGGUGUAUUCCUAAGUGGACAUGGUGGAGAGACUUCUCAAACUUGUUGUAAUUGUGUUUUUACUUGGUUCUGGCUUUCAGUUCCCUGUUAAAUAAUGGGCAGAAGUAAUUUUACGGUUUUGAAGAUGAUGGCUUUUUCAUUAGGCGCUAAUCUUGAACUCUGAAACACAGGGUCAUUUUAUAAAUCAAUUUUACUUGAACAAAUUGUUUGAUCGUAGCGUCCUAUGAAAAAGCUGCUUUUGAGGUCAAUUAACUUCUGCAUGCUCACAAAACUCCAUGCCAAAAUCUUUCUGUUUUAAACCAUUUUAAAUCUGCAGGAGCUCAGCUAUUUAAGUCAUUUUUUUUUUCUUAAAUAUUAUUUCUGAUGAAAAUUGCCAGCAUUGGUAGUUCUAUUUUCUAUGUUUGGUAACUACUUUUAAAAUCGUCAUGUACUCUUGUCUAUCUUGAGCAUUUGAGAGAAAGCUUGUGUGAAAGUCAAUGAAUGGAUUACCUCAACUAUUGUCACCCUCAAUUGAAAUGUAUCUAGUAAAUAAAGUGUUUUUGGACCAAA